UGAACACACACAUCGCUUCUUCUUAUUUUUAUCUUCUGAGAUCAAACCCCUCCAGCUCCAUCGUGACUGCAAACUGCAUCAGAGCUGAGUGGGUCUCGGGGUCCAUUUGCGUCGCCAGUGCGUUGCAGCUUUAAGCGGUCCAUCAUGCCUUGCGGUGUCCCAGUUCAGUUCCGAUGCAAUUUACAACCAGCACUGUGGUCUCCCCCUCACUGACGGCCGGAGCAGCGGGCUAAACAGGCACACAGCGGCAGAUGUUCACAGCCCCAUGUCGGAUGUCCACUAACGGGACGGACGCAUGUUUACAUCCACUCGGGUUAUAGAGGCGGGGAUGUGAGCGCAGCGUCCCAUCUGAUGCGGAAUACACAGGAUCUCCCGCAUGUAACCCGCAGAACAUGCACCGGAAAGUAGCGGAUUUUAUCCCACAGAGAAACACUGAAGCUACAGCACAACAGAAGAGUUUCAAGUGCUCUGACACACAGUGAUCUGCUGCUGUAAACAGGAUGGAGAGUUAAACAUUAUUAGCACCCCCUUGUGGUGUGGAGGAAUGAGGGCCUCUGGAUGAAGGCCAUGGAGCUGAAAGUGUGGGUGGAUGGAGUGCAGCGCAUCGUGUGCGGAGUCACGGAGUUCACCACAUGCCAGGAGGUGGUCAUUGCUUUGGCACAAGCCAUUGGACGCACUGGCAGGUACACUUUGAUCGAGAAAUGGCGCGAGACAGAACGUCACCUGGCCCCGCAUGAGAACCCUGUGGUGUCCCUUAACAAGUGGGGUCAGUAUGCCAGCGACGUCCAGCUCAUCCUCCAACGGACCGGCCCGUCUGUUAGCGAGCGGCCCACCUCUGACGGGCAGGCUCGCGUCCCAGAGCGUGGCUUCUACCGGCAGAGCCUGCCACCUCUGGCCAAGCUCCGCCCGUCAGGGACAGACCGCUCGCUCAAACGAAGGGAACCCAAACGCAAGUCUCUGACCUUCACUGGAGGGGCCAAGGGUCUCCGGGACAUAUUUGGGAAAAGCAAAGAUUCUGAAGCCAAACAGCCCCAGCAACGGGGUGUGAGUCUGAACCUGAGCAGGGUUGGAGGUGUUGGAAUAGCGUCUGUACCUGGGAGUCCAGCCAGAGAGCUGAGCCGACUGGUGCAGCUGCAGAGAGACAAACUGCAGGCCCUGGAGAGCCGUCUGCUGGGCUGCGAGGCCGAGCUGCGAGACUGGGAUGAGGCCGCCGGCGAGAACGAUGAAGGAGGAAACUUGGAGGAGGAGCUGCUGCUGUUGGAGCAGCAGGUGAGGAGGAACGAUGCAGAGAUGGAGGAGGAGGAAUUCUGGCAGAACGAGCUACAGAUUGAGCAUGAGAGUGAGCGGCAACUACGGCAACAGCUAGUGGAGCUGCAGGGCCGCGUACGGGACUGCGAGGCCAAGCUUUCAGAGUACCUGGCACGCAUACAGAGCAUGGAGGGAGGCCUGGAGCAGGAGCGGCUGCAGCAGGAGGCUGAGCUCAACCAGAGGGUCAACGAGGAGGAGGUGCAAACCCAGCUGGAGAAAGUGAGGGCAGAGCUUGAAAUGCAGAGCCAACACACAGCGCGGCUGGAGAGCAGCUGCAGGGCGUUGGAACGCUCCCUUGGCCAGUCCAGCAAGAGAUUACAGGAGAAGGAGCAGGAGCUGGAGCAGCUGACAAAAGAGCUACGACAGGUCAACCUGCAGCAGUUCAUUCAGCAGACCGGUACCAAGGUCACCGUGCUGCCCGCUCAACCUACAGGAGAAAACAACAAUGAAGUGGACUCUGGUUCCUUGAAACGACUUGGCUCUUCUCGCCUCUUACCCAGCGACCUACGCACCCUUCAAAGCACCGUGACCUCCAGCUUCAACCCAGAAGGCAUCUACGUUUGACCCCAAACUGUGCAGGAGACAUUAUUUGAGCAGCAGGUUGGGCCUCAUGUUACUAGAGAGACUGUUCCUGUGACAGGAAGGCCCCAGAACUGACUUCCGAAAGUGCUGAAAUGCUCUCAAGCGAGGCAGUAAAACAAACUGCGGAGGAAAAACAUUAAGUGUGCCAUCACAAAAAACAGCUCUGUUCUGCAUCUUUCCUGCCCUGCCUCCUCUUCCAUCUUACUAAGACUGGGACUUAAACUGAUGUCAGUAUCCAUUUGCAAACUAACAUUUAAUCUGUCAGUGGGUGAGUGAAGAUUCCUCUUAAAUCAUUCUCAGUCUACAGCUCCAUUUUCUCUGAAUAAAAAAAAGCCAGCAGAUGUAUUUCUGUUGCCUGGAAGGCUUCAGGAAAGCAGUGCAGAAAAAAUCAAUUUUCUAUGUUGUGAAUCAUGAACUAGAGGAAGUUUAAAACAUAAUCCAUGCACGAGCAUGCACAAACACUGACACCACACCUGUGCUAUAACCAUAGCCAUAUCUGAUUGCCUUACUCUGGUGUUUUCAAGCCAGAUGUCAAUAAUAUAAAAGAACUCAAGGUAGCUUCUGAACUAUGCGCCAUUUAAAUUUGAUUAAAUACUUGGCACCAAUUCAGGUGAUAAUGGUAACUGAUGUCAGUAUAACUCAACUGUGGCUCAAUCCUUUUCUUUCACAUAAGUUUGAAUAUUUUUAUAUUAUUUUAACUGCUUUAUAUUUCCUGUGUUUGGCGAAAACGGAAAACUGUCUGCCUGUCAUAUAAAGGAAACAAUAGAGGGGAUAAUUGGAGUAACGGCAUCAAUUAUUGGACAUUUUUGGUGAAAUAGUUUGCCUCUAUGUUCAGUUUUUAUGUCGUAUUUGGUGCAGAGCCAUUAAUCUUCUUCGUUUCACUUGAUUUCUUUCUCCAAAAAGCUCUGAAAGGAGCGAUGAGUGAUGACAGAGGCCUCCAGUUAAGCCUCUAGUAAAAAAAUCAAGCCUGGAAAAGUUUGCCAACAAUGACAUCAUACCCAGUUUGACCACCAGGUGGCGACAAAACAUAUAUUAUUCAGACAGGUGGAAGUAAAGUGAGAGAAUAUUACUUCUGCUCUAAUGUUAUCUGUCUUCUUCUGUCAGACAUGACUGUGUGUUUUGUUUUGUUGCAAAGCCUCGGUGCUUUAGCUUCCAGUAUAGCUGCAAUCUGAGGUGUCUCACUGUGUUCGUCAAGCAGGGACACACACAUCUACACACACUACAACACACACGUACUGUUUUCUUUUACUCCAUCUGAAUUUUUUAUGAACUAAAGAUGUCUCAUAUGAACCAAAGCUCGUGUGAAAAACUAUAAUAGUUAGAUGAAUGUACUUUUUUAUAUGAAUGCAACAUAUGCCCGUGAAGUGUACCAACUUGAGUCAUAUUGUAUCUGCAAUUUCACUUUGAAUAAUUUGCUCUUGUUAGGUGCCAGACGGUUGAGCUCUUUGAAGAAGUUGACCGUAAAACAACUUCUUUACUUUUUCAGGCUAAAACUAAUUAAAAAACUACAGUUAAGAUACAAUUAAAAUUCCACACAAGUCUGGCUGUUACUGCAUUUGCCCGUUUAUAGAUGAUCAAUUCUGAAUGUGAACUACUUUUUUUGUUGGGUUUCUGGUAUGAAACUGACUCAAACUGUCUCAAAUAAGGGUCAAUAAGCUUUCAAACCUGAAGUCAUUUCAAAGUCUGUGGUUGUAUGUCAAACGUGUGAAGAAAACUCAGAAAAUUGUGACUUUAAAUUUAGGAUUUGAAUCCAUGAGAAUGGCUAAGUAAUACAUUUCAGCUAAUUCUAUCAACACUACAUGCAAACAAAUGCGUUUCUGCCCUGCUUUGGGCAGUAAGAACAUGGCUCAAAUUCAUAUUUUUAAUGUGUGUGCAUGUGUAAUCUAAAUCUCUAUUAAAAAAUAACACAUACAUACAUUAUGGGAUAUUUUUUAGGAGAUUAAGCUACCUAUAUACUACUAUAUAAAGUCAAUGAAAUUAGCCCAAGCCCUGCAACAUUAAAGUGAUUGGAACAUUAAUGCAUCUGUAUUUAUAAUCAAAUGAUACAUUACACAAUAUUCUGAAAUGCUGGAACAACAGCAUAUUAAGGCCAUUGUAGGUAAAAAUAAUAUAAUAAUAUUUUUUUUUUAAAUUGAAUAAAAUUAGGGCACCAGAGUAGUGGUUUAAUCUUCUGAAAAACAAAAAAUCAGACAUUAAAAUUGUAAAUGUGCAAGAAAAAGACUUCAAUAUUGAGUCAUAUUUUUGCAAGAAACAAAAAAAAUCUGAAAUCCUGAGAUUAAGGUCACAAAUUUCUGGAAAAAGAAUGAAAAGAGAAAAACCUCAGAAAAAUGAUGUCCUUUUUUUCAAAGCUUGGAGUUUUUACUAUCUUUUGCAAUGCUGUGAUAAUCUACUUUUAAUUAAGUAAUGAGUGCUUCCACCACUAACAAGUUUGUGCACUAAUUCUCAUCUUUUCAUACAUCUACAAAUCUUUUCUAUCCAUUCACAAACUUUAAUUUCUCACGUGUCAAUUUCUUUGUGUUUUGUUCAGUUUACAAAGUGUGAUAUACAACCACGAGCUUUGAAAUCACUUCACAGACUCAAUACCUUAUUGACCUUCGCAAGAACCCGUAUGAAGCGACGUGUGUUUGUGCUGCGAGCAAAACGAUAACAAAGUGAAUUCCUCCCUCGGGUGUGAAGGAUCUUCGUUGUUUGCUCUGCGGUACGAAAGCUAACCGGAGGAAUUCACAUCACAACUUGGCAAACUAUUCUCAGAAAAUUGUCCUUUUUUUUCUCUCUCCACCUUCUCCCUCAGUAUGCAGUAUUAUCGUCAUGGCAACAACUUCAGCAGUGACACAGAGACUAAUAAAGGGAUCACAGCUCUCGUUGACUGAAAGUUUCAAAUAAUGGCAUGCCUUAUUGAAAAAAAGAAAAAGCUGUAAAUAAUGUCUACAUGUCACAUCAGUCUAUGGACUUUUUUUUUUUUUUUUUUUUUAAAGUAGAUUGAUAUAUGCAGAGUGCUAGAGGUUAGAUUUUAACGCUGCCGUUCAACAGGCAGCUCUGUGUGCAUGCAAUAAUGUGUGAUUGGUUUAUUUGGACUUCCAAUUAGUGGAUGCAACAAUUCAUCAGACGAUAUUUUUUGUUUUGGGUUUGUUGUGUCCCUUUAUGCCUUGUUGACAUUCACACUGGUGGAGAUUUGAGCAGCCAGCUCAGUGAAUACGAGCAGAAAAAAACUAUACAUUAUUUUCUUGCCUUUUAUUACAAUUGUGGCAAAUACAACAUCUGUGGAUGUAAAUGAGAUCCGUGUUGCGUUAAUAAGUUUACAGACAUUGCCAGUGAUUGGUUUCUGUUGUGCCAUCAAUGGUGCUUUUCAAUAAAAAGAGAAUAUACAAAUGAGAUGAUGGAGCCAUUAUGGAGACAGCCAUCAAGUGUAGACACGCUGCGGCUCAGGGAUAUUUCAACACACAGAAUUACCCAGACGAGAAUGCGCAGAAAGUAAUUAUGGAUGAAUGCUGUUCACGAUGUCUCGAGCCAUUUGACAAGUUCAAUCGUGUAUUUGCUCUCAUUGGGACUUGAGCAGCUGUUUGACAAAUUUAACAUGUAGCAUGGGCUCCUAGAUACAGCACGACAAAUGUAACUGAAAUAAUGACGUGUUUCUGUGAGAGACGUUGCUUUGUUUUUUUAAUUAAAGUGUUUCACUUGGCUCAUGUUUAAGCUAAAACAGAAAGGGGCUUGCUGAAACAUGAAUCAUGAAUUGAUUACAUGAACUGUGCUUGGCUAACUUCACUGACCUGCAUUAACUCGUCAUAUAGACAAAUUAUUGUAUCGUAUGAUUUUGUAUUGUUUACUCACAAAUUCACCUAGUGUAUUUUUUUAGCAAAUUUUCUUCUUUGGGUCAUUUUUCAAUCAACAUAUGUAUGAAAGACAUGAAAAUCAAAUUCAAGAAUUAUGUAAAAUAUAUAAAUAAGUGGAUAAAAUAUAUUUAAAAAAACAUGCCAGAAAUGAAUAAACUGCUAUACAGUGA